ACAAAACAAAAACGUUUCCAUAGACCAAAAUGUCUCUUAUGAGAAGUUGGGAAUAAUUCAAUGGCGGGAAAAAGCAAUCCCUAGAACCUCCAAUAUGUACUCCUAAGUCCUAAUGCCAAGCAUAAGCAUCCACAGGUUCUUCAAAAUUCCUUUUAAAAACAAUUCAAACCCUAAAUAUCUUCUUCUAUUCCUUUCUCCAAUGGCUUCUUCCGCGAAAGUCACAGUGGAGUACGCGAAAUCAGGUCGGUCCUCAUGCAAGAAAUGCGACAACAAAAUUCCCGUGAAAUCAGUGAGGCUGGGUUUAGUGACGAAACACGCUCAAGGUUUUGACCAGACGAAGUGGCAUCACAUUGAUUGUUUUCCCUUCAAUUCUGAUUUUGUUUCCUCUGCGGAAGAUAUCACUGGAUUUUCAUCACUCCAGAGCAAUGACAAAGAAGCUUUGGAGAAAUUGAUUAACAAAGAGCUUUCAGCUUCGCAGAAGGUUUCUGAUGCAGACACAGAUGGGAUUGACAGAAAACAAAAGGAAACAUCUGCACAGGUGAAGAAGGAAGAAUCAGAGCAUGAGCAAAGCAAGCAAAAGCGACCAAAGCUGUCUGCCACUGAUGAGGGAGCUGAGUUGGAGAUUGCCUUCUCUACUUCUGAUGUGAAGACCACUUAUAAGGAUGCCAAAUUGCCGCCAAAAUGGAGGGCAUUUCAAACUAUUAUAUAUCUUGAGAAGGAUGACGUGCUUCAUGCUUCACAUAAAAUUGCCGCCUUUGAUUUUGAUGGUUGUCUUGCCAAAACAUCUGUGAAAAGAGUUGGUGCAGAUGCUUGGUCUCUGAUGCAUCCAUCAAUCCCGGAGAAGCUGCAGAGCUUGUACAACGACGGCUAUAAGCUGCAGGUAAUAUUUACCAAUGAAUCCAAUAUUGAGCGGUGGAAGAAAAGUAGGCAGGCAGCUGUGGACUCGAAGAUUGGACGACUUGAACAAUUUAUCAAACUUGCUGGUGUUCCAUUUCAGGUGUUCAUUGCUUGUGGCUUGAGUAACAGUAAGCCAGAAGAUCCCUUUCGCAAACCUAAAAUAGGGAUGUGGAAUAUUAUGAAAAAGCAGUUCAAUUUUGGAAUUUCCAUUGAGAUGGAUAAAUGUUUUUAUGUUGGUGAUGCUGCUGGCAGACAAGGCGACCAUAGUGAUGCUGACAUUAGAUUUGCGCAGGCCAUUGGACUAAAAUUUUAUGUUCCAGAGGAAUUCUUCGGAAAGUAGUUUACUUGCGAAGGAGCCCUUUUUUGUGUAACAUCGAAUAUAGUAGAAAAAGAUUAUCUGAGCUCAGGUCGGAGAGAACAAGCUAAAACUCCUUCCCUACAAAUGGGGGUUGCAUUGUGUAAAUUAUACUUGGUUAGAUACCUUUGAUUGGUUUGCAGAAUAUUUUUCUUAUUUAAAUUAUCUUCCAUUUUUGUUUUC